ACGCGUCUGUGGAACACAGGCAAGUCUUAUCUUUCUCUCCUUAGGAUGGCAGCUGCAGCCAACCACUCUCCUCGUGUGAGGUCGCGAUACUGGACAGGACUCAAGCUAAUACGAACCUACAUUCUGGCUCUUGGCUUAUCUCUGCUCGUCUUCACAUCGAACCUUGACUUGCGUUUCUGGCGUCGUACAAUUACACUCGAAGAACAAGCUUACAGAGUGAAUGUCCUUGAGCAAUGCAGCUAUCUAAAGUCUCCUGCUGGACCUCCUACAGACUUCCAUACGCGCGCUCAGUCUGAUCGAUUUGUCCCUGGCACGAAAGCUGUCCUCGUACAAAAUGCAAAGAUAUGGACGGCCGCUCAAAAUGGGACAGAGAUAGUCUACGGUGACAUCUUGCUCGAUAAAGGUCUCAUCAAGGCUAUUGGAUUUGUAUCUCCCGAACUGCUGAAAGGCGUCGACUACACGGUGCAUGACGCCCAGGGCUCAUGGGUAACGCCUGGAAUAGUUGAUUUGCAUUCACACAUCGGCGUGGGAAGCGCUCCUCAGCUGCGUGGUGCGGCUGAUACGAAUUCACGGAAAGCACCUAUUUUACCAUGGUUGCGGAGUAUCGACGGUUUGAACACUCAUGAUGCAUCAUAUGAGCUAGCCAGAUCAGGAGGUGUCACAACUGCACAAAUCCUUCCAGGAAGUGCAAAUAAUAUUGGAGGUCAAGCAUACGUGAUAAAACUCAGAGACACAGAGCAACGGUCUCCUAUCUCCAUGGUCGUAGAACCCCCUUACUCUUUGAAUGGCUCUGAGUUCGACCAUUCUUUAACUCCAAGGUGGAGGCAUAUGAAGCACGCGUGUGGCGAGAACCCUUCUCGUGUGUAUUCGCAGACACGUAUGGACUCUGCGUGGAAUUUCCGACAAGCCUACAAUGAAGCACGCAAACUGAGGGAUUCUCAAGACCAAUUCUGCGCCAAGGCAGAAGACGGUUUGUGGGAUGAACUAGGUGCUUUCCCUGAAGAUCUACAAUGGGAAGCGUUGGCUGAUGUUUUGAGGGGCAAGGUUAAGCUGUCUGUCCAUUGCUAUGAAGCCGUUGACCUUGAUGUAAUUGUCAGACUAUCGCAUGAAUUCAAGUUUCCAGUCGCUUCAUUCCAUCACGCUGGAGAGACAUAUUUAGUACCCGAUUUACUGAAGAGCACAUAUGGCGGCACCCCAUCCAUCGCACUUUUUGCUUCCAACUUUAAGAAAAAGAGAGAGGCAUAUCGUGGCUCUGAGUUCGCACCACGGGUCUUGGCCGCCAACGACAUACCGGUGGUCAUGAAGUCGGACCAUCCAGUUGUCAAUAGUCGGUACUUACUUCACGAAGCAACGCAGGCGUAUUACUAUGGCCUUGAGGACGUAGUUGCACUCGCCUCGGUCACGUCUACCCCAGCAAAAGCUAUGGGCCUGAGUCACCGUAUAGGUUACAUACGUGAAGGUUACGAUGCUGAUCUUGUUGUUUGGGAUUCGCAUCCCCUGGCGUUGGCUGCUACACCGCGACAAGUCUAUAUUGACGGAAUCCCCCAGUUCGAUGUAUCAUAUGUAUCCGAAAAACCCGAGUCUUUCCAGGUCUUACCGAAAGUCCCAAAUUUCGAUCGUGAGGCAGCUGAAGCGGUUGCGUACGAAGGUCUACCGCCACUGGAACCCAGAAAGGCCCGCACCGUGAUUUUCCAUAAUGUCAACCACGUCUAUACACGCUCUGGCGAUCACAUCGUUGCACUGGUAGACCAUGAAACUUCAGAAUCUAUGCACUCGGAAGUGGUCGUUCAGGACGGAACGAUUGUCUGUUCUGGUACUGCAGAGACGUGUAGCUCGUUCAGUGGAAAUGAUAUUGAGAUCGUAGAUCUCAAGGGGGGCUCAAUCAUGCCAGGAUUGACCACCUUUGGUGCGCCGCUUGGGUUGGUGGAAAUUCGGCUUGAGGCUUCCACUAAUGACGGUAAUGUCCAUGACCCCCUCGAUGGUGACCCACCCUCUAUCCUAGGCGGCAACACCAUCAUCCGGGCUGUAGAUGGACUACAGUUCGGGGGGCGUAACACGUUGCUGUCCUAUCGAGGAGGUGUUACUACCGCUGUCACGGCGCCGGUGGGGAGCGGGUUUAUACAGGGUGCAUCUACUGCGUUUUCUGUUGGCGCGUCUACUAUCCUAGAUGAUGCUUUGGUAAAACAAGAGGUGGCUUUACAUGUCUCUAUCAAUAGAUCGUCUGGGUCGAGCGUCAGCACUCAAAUUGCAGCUCUCCGUUGGCUGCUUUUUGGCACGGACUCUACCCAAGUGCAUCUGAAGGGAAAUGAUAUCGUUCAGCGUGUCCGCGCCGGCGAAUCAACGCUCGUGGUUGACGUAGACAGCGCCGACAUCAUGGGGACUCUGCUGCUCUUGAAAGCGGAAUAUGAGAAGGCUUCAGGAAAGCGGCUCCAAUUAACGUUUGCCGGAGCGUCCGAGGCGCACCUUAUCGCAAAAGAGAUCAGCAAAGCCGGCGUAAGCGUCAUCGUCACGCUCCCAAAACCUUUCCCGGACACAUGGGAUCAACGACGGAUUCUUCUUGGUCCGCCCGUUACUGCCGAGUCGAUUGUGACGGUCUUGUUGGAGGCUGGGGUUAAUGUUGGGAUUGGUGUGGUGGAUGAAGCUUACGCGCGCAAUACGAGGUUUGAAGUAGCUUGGGCUGCGUUGGAAUCCAACGGUACAAUUAACAGAGCUGAAGCUUUGGCGCUCGCUACGACGAACCUAGAAAAAGCUUUAGGGUUGGUGGAUGUCGCUAUGCCCAAUGACCUUGUUGCAUAUGAAGGCGGAGAUAUUUUUGAUAUUCAGAGUAAAGUGGUGGCAGUCAUUUGCCCUCGAGCUCAUAGGACGGAUUUAUUUGUGUAGCAGGUUAGAUACAGAGGUGAAAUUGGAUCGCUCAAUAUACGUCGUUUUGGAGGAUACGAUGUACAAUGUCGAAUCUGUGCAUAGAUUUCGAGGAUAAAUGUUUGCAAUAUAACAUGAUUUGAGAUACGUGGGUAUUGUACUAAAAAGGGUGGAAUAUCGAAGAGGAAAAGCAAUGUACCGGAUCAAGUUUCCUCGACAUUGGUAAUGUACCUGUGAAGUAGGCUCAGUAGAGGUCUCCGCCGUUCCCUAGUAUCGAAAACGGUGGAAUGGU